AUGAUCACAAUUCUGACAGCAGCUUUGGAGCGGAAGGGGGCAAUAGAGGGGCGGCGAAGUGUUUAUACCUAAACAAAGUCGUUUACUGUAGUUACUGAGUAUAGACUUCGUGCGCUGGUAUCCGUAUUAACUAAAUCAUUGGUUAGGUUGGUGUUGCUUCUUGAGCAUUUAAAGAACAAGGCUUUGCUUUGUCCUGUUCAAGAAAAUCUCGCUGUUGAAGCCUGCUGCUUGUUUACAAUACUAUUGUGAACUGAAACAAGUGCAAUUAUUUUUGCAUUGUAUUAUUAUUAUUAUUAUUAUUAUUAUUAUUAUUAUUAUUAUUAUUAAUGCUAAUUUGACUUUGACAAACUGCCGAGUCCUUAUGUUUUCCGUCAAGUGCUGUAUAUGUUUUUAAAUCAUUUUCCAAAAGCAAAAUUUUCCGAAACAAAAACGUCAAACGUUUUUUAAAAGGUCAUAUUGUUUUAUUCCGUUUUGACACAUCGUACUAUAAAAACAUUUGAUAAGAAUUGUUACUGUUUUUUUAUUAUUAUUUUUAAUUACAAUCAUUAGCAUUUUUAGUAUGACUUCGGUGUAAUAAGCUAGCUACAAAGGGUUGUUUCUGGAGAAUUUUAUUUUUUGUAUUUUAAUAAACUUUGUAGGUUUAUGUACAGGUACAGUUUAGUUUCCGAUAUCCUUAUCACUGCACUAGCUAGUAUGAACAUCGCUGCAGAGUUUUUCCUGGUCACUUUAAAAGUGCUCUGGGCUUUCGUGCUCGCGGGGGUAAAGUGGCUCGUCCGCCCCAAAGAGAAGAGUGUUGCGGGGCAGGUCUGCCUGAUCACAGGGGCAGGCAGCGGGCUGGGGCGGCUGUUUGCCAAGGAGUUUGCCAGGCAGAGAGCAGUUCUUGUGCUGUGGGACAUCAACAGCCAAGGCAACGAGGAGACGGCAGAGAUGGUCCGACAAAUCUACCGUGAGAUGGACAGCACUCCGCCCAAAGAAGGUGGUGUGGAUGGUGUGGAGGAGGUCCCUCCAUUACAGCCUCAGGUGUUCACCUAUGUUUGUGAUGUGGGCAAACGCGAGAGCGUGUACCUGACCGCGGAGAAGGUGCGACGGGAGGUGGGUGAUGUUGAUGUCCUUGUUAACAACGCAGGAGUGGUGUCCGGUCACCACCUUCUCGAGUGCCCCGACGAGCUCAUCGAGAGGACAAUGAUGGUAAACUGUCACGCCCACUUCUGGACCACCAAGGCAUUCCUUCCCAAGAUGCUGGAGAUGAAUCAUGGACACAUUGUGACAGUUGCCAGUUCACUUGGAUUGUUCAGCACUGCUGGUGUAGAGGAUUACUGUGCAAGUAAAUUUGGAGCUGUUGGAUUUCAUGAAUCCUUAAGUCAUGAGCUGAAGGCUACUGAAAAGGAUGGCAUCAAAAUGACUCUGGUCUGUCCAUACCUGGUAGACACUGACAUGUUCCGAGGCUGCAGAAUCAGAAAAGAAAUUGAACCUUUCCUUCCACCACUGAAGUCUGAGUACUGUGUUAAACAAGCCAUGCGGGCGAUCCUCACGGAUCAGGCCAUGAUCUGCACGCCUCGUCUCAUGUACAUGGUCAACUUCAUGAAAAGCAUCCUGCCUUUCGAAGCAGUUGUGUGUAUGUAUCGUUUUCUCGGAGCAGACAAAUGCAUGUAUCCAUUCAUUGCUCAAAGAAAACAGGCAAUGAACAAUAAUGAAGCUAAAAACUGAAUCCAGACUGUGCCGGUGUUCCCGAGAAGUACAACGGCACCCAACUGGAGCAGAGGGGUAAACCACUGUUAUCAGAGACUGAAGUGCAUUUGCGUUGGACAGAUGCAAAGGUUUACGAUAUUCUCCUGGGGUGGGUGGGUGGGGGGGGG